AGCAGCCCCAAUAUCGUCGCUGCCGAGGGGCGGUCCAGAAGUGCGCUCCUGGAAAUCGGCAAUUCUUCCACAGGCAAUCUGGCGGUCCCAUCUCCGGGAGGAACCCAUCGAAGCUCCGCAAGUGGCAUCAGCGGAUUUGCCCGGCGACUGUCGUCCAAUAUUUCAGGGUCCAUGUCACGCAAAGAUCUUGAAGGCGAUGUUGGCGACGAAGUCAAGGCCCGGGCCGUCACAGGAAAGGCCCCGGUGUGGGCUGAGGAGUUCCAUUUCGAUCUGGACGAGCGCUUCCAUGCCAUCAUCAUUCAAAUCAAGAAGUCAAACGUCAUCGGUCGCUCAACUGUCGUCGGCAAAAUCACUCUUCCGGCAAUAUGCCUCGAGCCCAACGGGAAGCUUCAGGAAGACUGGUACGCUCUUCAGUCCGAAGAGGAGGCUAAUCAAGGCAGCGUGGCAGCAGCAAAAUCCAUUCAUCGCGAGCACACCUUCCUCGAGCGCACAUUUUUAUCACCGACGCUCUGCUAUCAAUGCCGUGGUGUCCUCUGGAGCAUCAUGGGCCAGUCCAACUACAAAUGCGACUUUUGUGGAGUAUCCUGCCACCACGACUGUCGAUCAUUCAUUCCAUCCAACUGCGGCUCGGUCGGAUCUAUACGUAUUGGAUACAUAUACUGUCGUGAGCGUAUUUUGCCCAUUAGUCAAUACGGUCGCCUCAAAGAUCUAAUCCUUGCAGGCGACUAUGUUGCGCUGGGUCUCCUGAGUCGGGUCUGUGAUGAUCGCGAUGUCAUGGCCAAGCACGUGGUUAACAUUGCCGAUGGUGCCCACAGGCUUGGUGCCUUCCUCACCAAGCUUUGUGUGAUGGAGAUUCAGUCCACGAAGGAUCCCAAUGUGAUCUUCCGCGGGAAUAGCCUUUCAGCUAAACUCGUUGACGCCAUGAUGAAGCAUGUUGGAAAGGAGUACCUCUUCGAAACCCUCUCUCCGGUCCUAUUGAAUAUUAUCCAAGAGGAUCGAGACUGUGAGAUCGAUCCGAUGAAAGUCGAAAAGGAAAUCUUGGACAGUCCAGAGAGAAUCCAAGAGCGGCAGAAGGCACUGAUGGAACAUGUUCAGGCAGUCCUGGACGCAAUCAUCCAAACAGCCGGAACUUGUCCCGUGCUCAUCAAGCAUGUCCUCGGGUCGAUAUACACCGAAGCAAAGCUCCAGUUCCCAGGCGACGUUAUUGCUCCCUAUACCGCCGUAACUGCGUUUCUGUUUCUGCGGUUUUUCACACCGGCCCUCCUGGGACCGAAGCUUUGGGGCCUGGUUACUGUCCAGCCAUCCGACACGGGCAUGCGCACUCUGACCCUGGUUUCCAAGUGCAUCCAACAGUGCUCCAAUAUGCUUCCGUUUGAUGGAAAAAAGGAGCCCUUUAUGGAGCCUCUGAACCAAGUGGUGUCAGCCAGCAUCGGCAAGGUCAAGGACUUUGUGGAUGUACUCCUGGCUCCCAAGAAAAAGAAAAAGGGCAAGGGCUCGACGUUCAGUCUCAAACGGUCGUCCCGAGACAACAUGGGCUCGGGCCACGUCCACACGAGCUCCGGCCCUGCUAAUACGGGAUCGGGACUCAGUAAUCCGGCUCAAGUAUCCACGGCAUCGGCCUCGGACGACGAUGAUGGCGGAGAGCGCGAUGGCUGCUGCUUCGGCUUCUGCGCCGGAAGCCGAAACAAGGUGUCCAAACUGGCCCCAAAGCCAAUCGGCAAGGCUGCAGACGGCCACAAAUCCGAAGCAAGCGUAGCCUCCAUCGGCUCAAGAAGACAGAGCCAGUACGGCGACAUUGACCACCAGUUCGUGGCCAACAUCGAUGUUGAGAAGCACUUUGCAGCCAUAUGCCGCAUCUUCAGCCGCUGCCAGACCAAAAUGGCCGAGGCAGCCGAGACAGACGCAGAGAAGGCUGCAGCCCGUCUCGCAGCGGAGAUCGUCAACGAGCUCGAGAUCCAGUCUGGCGCCAAAGAGCGUCAGAAGCAGCGUGAAGAGCAGCUUGUCAAGUUGGGACUGUCUCCCGAACGAAGGAAGGACCAGGCCGCGGGCACGAAUCCAAAACGGAUGUCCAAGCUCGGUCAAAUGGGCAUUUCUGGCUUUGACGUUGCUUCGUCAUCGAAACGCAGCAGUAGUAUCCCUCCCCAGUCCAACGGAGAUGGUAAGGAUGCCGACAAUGCCAACGCUGACACCGCUGCCGACGACGACGACGAUGACGAUGCUGAUGGCAAAAAUGAAAGUGCCGCUGCCGAAGAAGAAGAAGACAACGACGACGACGACAACGACGACGACGACGACGGCGGCUCCAAGUCCGCCGGAUGCGGGACCAAUGCAGACGAAGUCCAAUCCAGCCAAUGCAGCGAGAUUCGGGCCCGUGCCCCAACCCGAAACAACCACGGCCGUGCCGUGGCCAGCGGCAUCGCUUUGUACAUCAACCGCCCGUCCACCUCGAUGGAUGGUGGCUCGCUCACCGGCAUAUCGGAUGAUGGGCGGCAGGCGUAUCUCGAUGCCGUGGAAAAGUCCCGGCCCAUGACCGCGAGCUCCAAGACCAGCAAUACCAUGCUCUCGAAUGCUAGCAUGAGAAGCGGCCCUGUUCCGAGGGAAGUGGAUUCGGUGCUUGGCAACGUCGUCGAGUCCCCGAUGGAAAGUGGCAACGACCAGCCAGAAGACUUUAUCAGCUACUACACCGAUAGCAACCGAAACUCGGUCGACCUCCGUAGCGACGAUGGAUAUCAUGUUGUCGAAAGACAGAACUUGGCAUCUCGCAUCGGCCGCCAGUCUCUGUCGGGCGCCGCACCCUUUCGCUUCGUUGGUGAAGCCGGGAGGAACAGCACCGACGAUAUGUCUUCUCGCUCAGCACGGAUGAGCCACCACGGCCCUCCGGCCGUCAACCGGGUCGUUCAGGCCCACCGCCAGGCUGCCGAUAGUGUAUACAGCAUGGCGGAAUCCUCGCAGUCUCUGUCGCUGGCCGACGGCCGGCGCUACGACUCGGUCCAGUCCUGCCAGACAAACACCACAGCGGCCUCUCAGGCGUACUCGACAAUGAUGAGCUCGACGAUGAUGGACUCGACAAGAGAUGUCAAUGACCAGCUGGAACGAAACAACAGCGUGCUGUAGCAGCAUGUGCAUCAUCGUGGGAGGGCAUGUAUGUCUUGGCAGUUCUCGGAGUGUUCGUUUGGCAGCAAUACAGCGCAACUUGGUCCAUGCGGCGCCGCCGAAUGAUCGCAGCCCAGGUUGCUGUCGCCGCAGCAGU